CACAAGCAUCUGAAGUGGUUCUUUUCGUUGCGUUUCGUGUAAAUUUGUGCGACUUUUAACUAAUCAACUACUCGAACAUUUUAAAAGCUGAAAUUCAGAAUUUUAAAACGUGUCACCCAGCAUUGAUGGCGAAUCCAAACUAAUGACGCCAUGGAUUCCGUAAGACACUACCAGCACCAGUCCGACAAAUCCGAGUUUCGAUUCUGUGUGCUGUGUCUAGCUAAACCUGGGGCCGGUGAAUCGCUCGUCGAAAUCCACAGCGGAGAAGGUCUCCAGCGCAGCUUGGAGACCCUGAUCCGGCGUUACUUCACCGAGGAAGUUCCCCGGGUUGACGCGGGAUUCGUGUGUUCCGUUUGCUGCCGACAUCUGGACAGCUUUCAUCAGUUUUAUCUGCGGAUCAAGGACAUCCAGUGGAACCGCAAGAUGAGGACGUCGGUGGACGAGCGGAAUUGCAGUAGCUUGGAGCACGGACUCCGGAUGGAGAUGACAAUCAAGGAGGAGAAGCCGGAUGAGGGAUUUGAAAACUUUGGAAGUUCUGCGGAAGUUGAGGGAUUGAACAACUUUUUAGAGGAGCAGUUUGCCCAACAGACGGAUCAAAACGGGAAUGGACCGAUGCAGAAUCGCCUGCUGGACACGAUUGUGAACGAGUUUCAAGCCAGCUCGAUUCACACUGGCGGUGACACUGGUGAAUGCAGCAACCAUCAGUACCCGAAGCGGGUUCGAAGAGAAGUUCCUGCCACAUGGGAAGAAAACAAUCCAAGGCAACAAGAGUUGGAGUUCCUGGAAGAGGAACUAUACGAGUACGAUAAACCACCUGAUGAACAGAUCCAGACCCAACAUUCGGUAACUCUUUCUCCGAUGGAAGAGCUGGAACGGCUACGAAGGGAGAAUGAGUGGCUCAAACGCCGAAACCACCAUCUCGUAGCUCGGUUGCGGGAUGUUCACGCUCGAAACGAUAACCUUGUUCAGAUCAACCGAGAACUUACGCACAAGCUGCGUUCUGUCAAUCCCAAUGCAUUGAGUAAACCCAUUCCAACGAUACAAGAAAACAUCUGUCCUGCGGAAGUUCCCAUCAAGCAUGUCCAGAUUAAUCCGACCCAAGCAUCGCCAUCACCAUCGUUGAUCCUACCACAGAACGAGGAACCUCCAAAAUUGAUUUCACUUUGCUCCGCUUACUCUCUGGACAACGGUGACGUCGUCGUCUGCGACUCUAUCAUUCCGGCCCGCACGAUGGAGGAGAUUGACACGACCGAGCGGGGCGAAAAGUACGACCUCAAGUUUGUGAGCCGGCUGGCGGUGGCGCUGUGGGGCCACGAGCGGCUUGCCGUGAGCAGCGUUACCGGACGGAAAUCAAACAACAACCCGAGCAGCAACCCGAUGCCGACGAUCCAGCUGGAGCCGGAGAAGUUGAGCUUCAUCAAGGAAAAGGUAUACAACCGAGCGAUCCUGGAAACGAACGACCGCCUGCAGGCCAUGGCCCGGUUCGAGGACGCGCGCAUCAACCGGCUGCUGAACAUCAAAAUUCAAAACACCAAGCGCAAGAAAACUCCGCACUCACCCAGCAACAUCGCGUGACCCCCGCCCCAGGACGACGGCUGCAAUUUUAUAGUUUUGUGAUUCGGCAUUUGACACCCAUAAUCCUGCUUGGUAUUAGUUUAGACGCACUUCACACUGUAUAAUGAAUAAUAAAAGCUUUACUUUCUAAUAAAUACGCAAAACGAAA